AUGCCCCCAGAAGUGCCUUAUUGCCGUUCUCUUGUAACCCCACUAGUUCGAUCCUCUUCUCCAAUAUCACCUGAAGCGAUACAGCUACUUUCCAGCCAGAAAUAUUGCCAAAGAACAAAAAAGAUGAACUUUACCAAGAAGAAAACCAUCCCUUUUCUCCUUAUAAUCCUCGCUAUCAUUUCCAUCCUCAGACUUCUUAGAAUUACAGUUACUUCAUAUUCUUCUUCCCCUCCAUUGCCUACUUUUCCUCCUCCUCUUCAAGAAACACAUUCUUCACCUUCUCCAGCCUGCACUCAAGUUCCUUCACAUGCAUCAGAGUCCAAGAUAAAGUUUCUACGAACCUUCCCAAAUGCCAGCGUGCUCACAGAAAAGGAAUUCCAGCUUCUAUUCAAUCUGGUUAUUCAUAAAGCCCCCUGCAACAUCCUCAUUUUCGGGCUCGAAUCCGAAUACCUAUUCCUUUCUUCAAUCAACGCCGGUGGCACCACCAUCUUUCUGGAGGACGAUCCUGAGAAACUAAAUGUGACAAAGCCAAAGUUCAACACCACCAGAAUCUACAAGGUUGAGUACGAGGCACCUGCAAAAGAGGCAUACAAACUGCUAAAGCAUGGGAGGAAAAAUCAGGCUUGUGCCACCAGCUCAGGAGAGCUUCAAGCAUCAAAAUGUCGAUUGGCAUUGAGAAAUUUGCCACAAGAAGUUUAUGAACUUACAUGGGAUAUAGUUGUGGUGGAUGGGCCAAGCGGAAAUUCACCAGAGGCACCGGGCAGGAUGGCUGCAAUAUAUACAGCUGCUGUGAUAGCUAGAAACGGGAAUAUGACAGAUGUAGUAGUGCACGAUGUUGAUCGGAUGAUUGAGAAAUGGUUCUCCUGGGAGUUUUUAUGUGAUGAGAACUUAGUUUCUUCCAAAGGCAAACUUUGGAAUUUUAGGAUCAGAGGUCGACUGAAUUCUACAAAAUUUUGCCCUUCUGAAACAGUUAUGCUAGUCUAA